AAAUCCCAGUUAAGGAAAAACCGCAUGUGUACUCUUGCCUCUAGGAACCACUUAGAAAGUGUGCCUGAGUGGGUGUGUGAGAGCCGGAAACUGGAAGUGCUGGACAUCGCCCAUAACCACAUCUGCGAACUGCCUGCUCGCUUAUUUUGUAACAGUAGCCUGCGGAAACUUCUGGCAGGACACAACCAGCUGACAAGGCUCCCCGAGCGGCUAGAAAGAACCUCUGUGGAGGUCUUGGACGUGCAGCACAACCAGCUCCUGGAGCUUCCCCCCAACCUCCUGAUGAAGGCAGACAGCCUAAGAUUCCUGAAUGCGUCUGCAAACAAACUGGAAACCCUUCCUCCAGCCACGCUUUCCGAAGAGACAAACAGCAUCCUACAGGAGUUGUAUCUGACCAAUAACAACCUGACAGAUAAGUGUGUGCCCCUGCUAACGGGACAUCCCCACCUGAAGAUCCUCCACAUGGCCUAUAACCGACUUCAGAGCUUCCCAGCAAGCAAAAUGGCCAAGCUGGAGGAGCUUGAAGAGGUGGAUAUCAGUGGAAAUAAGCUGAAAGCCAUCCCAACCACCAUCGUGAACUGCAGGCGCAUGCACACAGUGAUCGCUCACUCCAACUGCAUCGAAGUCUUCCCUGAAGUGAUGCAGCUCCCAGAAAUCAAGUGUGUGGACCUCAGCUGUAAUGAGCUCAGUGAAGUCACUCUGCCAGAGAACCUGCCUUCCAAGCUGCAAGAACUGGACCUGACGGGAAACCCCCGCCUCACUCUGGACCACAAAACCCUGGAGCUACUGAAUAACAUCCGCUGUUUCAAGAUCGAUCAGCCUUCAACAGGAGAUGCGUCGGGGGCCCCAGCUGUGUGGAGCCAUGGCUACACUGAAGCUUCUGGGGUGAAGAACAAGCUGUGCGUCGCAGCCCUGUCAGUCAACAACUUCUGUGAUAGCCGGGAGGCCCUGUACGGGGUGUUUGACGGCGACCGAAACGUGGAGGUGCCCUACCUGCUCCAGUGCACCAUGAGUGACAUCUUGGCGGAAGAGCUGCAGAAAACAAAAAAUGAAGAGGAGUACAUGGUCAACACGUUCAUCGUGAUGCAGAGGAAACUGGGAACAGCCGGGCAGAAGCUUGGAGGUGCUGCCGUCCUCUGUCACAUCAAGCAUGACCCUGUGGACCCGGGAGGCUCCUUCACAUUGACCUCCGCCAACGUGGGCAAGUGCCAGACAGUUCUGUGUCGGAAUGGGAAGCCGCUGCAGCUGUCCAAGUCAUAUGUCAUGAACUGUGAGGAAGAGCUGAAGAGGAUUAAACAGCACAAAGCCAUUGUCACCGAGGACGGCAAGGUGAACGGGGUGACGGAGUCCACUCGCAUCCUGGGCUACACCUUCCUGCACCCCAGCGUGGUACCGCGGCCGCACGUGCAGACGGUGCCCCUGACGCCCCAGGACGAGUUCUUCAUCCUGGGCAACAAGGGCCUGUGGGACAGCCUGUCGCCGGAGGAGGCCGUGGCAGCCGUUCGCCCUGUGCCCGAUGCCCUGGCCGCCGCCAAGAAGCUGUGCACCCUGGCACAGAGCUACGGCUGCCACGACAGCGUGAGCGCCGUGGUGGUGCAGCUCAGCGUCACUGAGGACAGCUUCUGCUGCUGCGAGCUGGGCGCGGGCGGGCAGGUGCCGCCCAGCCCCGGGCUCUUCCCGCCCGCCGGCAGCAUGGCCAUCAAGGACCGCGCCCCCGACGGGCUGGGUGUGCCGUCCUCCAGCAGCGGCCUGGCCUCCGAGAUCAGCAGUGAGCUGUCCACGUCGGAGAUGAGCAGCGAGGUGGGCUCCACGGCCUCGGACGAGCCGCCCCCCGGCGCCCCCGGCGAGAACAGCCCGGCCUACCCCAGCGAGCCCCGCUGCGCACUGCACCCCGCCGGCCCGGCCCACCCCUUCCAGCGCCAGCUGUCCAGCGCCACCUUCUCCAGCGCCUUCUCCGACAACGGCCUGGACAGCGACGACGAGGAGCCCAUCGAGGGCGUCUUCAGCAACGGCAGCCGUGUGGAGGUGGAGGUGGACAUCCACUGCGGCCGCGCCAGGGACCGCGACAAGCCGCCGCUGCCGCCGCAGGUGCCAGCCGAGGCCCCCGACGAGGGCAUCGGUGCCAGCGCCGCCGAGGACGAGCCCGCGCCGCCCCGCGCCGACCCCACGGGCACCAUCGGCCGCCGGCGCCCCAACGGCUCCGUAGCCCCCCAGGAGAGGAGCCACAACGUGAUCGAGGUGGCGGCCGAGGCGCCCCUGCGGAAGCCGGGGGGCUACUUCGCGGCGCCCGCGCAGCCCGACCCCGAGGACCAGUUCAUCAUCCCGCCCGAGCUGGAGGAGGAGGUGAAGGAGCUCAUGAAGCAGCAGCAGCAGCAGCCGCGGCCUGGGCCCCCCGAGCCCCCCGACUACUGUGACACGCCGCUCUGACCCGGACUGCCCCCUCACUUUAUUUUAUUUUUUUAAUAAUGACCACUUCCCUCCUAGUGAUGCUUCACCAGCCCGACUGAACUUUGUUAACUCCUCUCCCCCUAACAUAUCAGAUGUGUAAAGACAAAGAACAGAAGGUUUAAUAUAUUACAGAGAAAUGGUUAACGAUAACGCAAUAUUUUUUAAAGUGGCUUUUUCGUCGUCUGGAAGGCAGGGCAGGCGUGCCACCACUGGAUGGUUUGAUCAGACUGGAGUUCUGGACUUCAGGGGUGGGGAGGCUUUUUUUUGUCUUGAAAAUGAUAGACAUUUGUAGAAUAUGGAGACUAACUCCUAGGAGUUGCUUUACUCUGCCCGAGGACUUAACAGUCACGGGAUCCACUAAUUUUCUCUGAGAGAACAGUUGAUUGAGAAAUCUCUAGUGUACAUAGCUCAGUGCUGUAUAGUGAUGCUUCUGAUGUUUUCUAGUUUGGGCUCAAGAACACAGCUGAAACCAGGCUCUUCUCACCUGUCUGCCUCAGAACCCCCACUCCACCCCUUCCCCCUCACCCUCCCCCCCACACACACACCUUCAUGAAAUGAGGCUGUGGUAUCUCUGUCCCCAAGGUGGUCUCGAACUCCAGGAGGAGGCCUGCAGGCAAGGGCCCCUGCCGUGGCCUCUCCAGCCUCCCGGCUUUCAGACACCUUUGAUUUGUGUUCCUUCCCGCGGCCGUAGUGGCUUGACUGUGCGGAGUUGAGUUAGACCCUUCUAGGCCGAGAGUUCUAUGAGAACAGAACACACAGAUGAACCUGUCAUGAUUUCUGUUAUAAUAAACAUAAACUUUACAAGU